UCCAUCUUCAUUCUCCAGUUCCGAGUGUUUAACCCAUCCCGAGGGUUCCAAGUACGCAACAUUUCACAGAUUCGUUCGCUAUUUUUGAACCGUAGAUAUACGGAAAUAUAUAAAUACGGUCCAUAUGGAGGGGGGAUUGGGGAAGUAGAUUUUGAGUGUCUCUUGAUUUCGCUCACAAGACAGUGCUGCCUGUUUAGAACAUCUUCCAAACAGUCGAGUAGUCGGUGUUCGUAUGUGCAUAAUGUUAGGCUGAUAUUAGUAGUGAUUUGCAGAUUAGAAAAUGCUGGGCUCAUUGCCAAUAUUGCCUCUCCCAGCACCACCCUCUGAUGGGAAUCUUGGCCCAACACCCCCGGCUCAGGUGAUAGAGGAAUCUAAAGAUGAAGAGAUGAAUGGGGACAAGACCAAUGAUAAUGAUUUAUCCAACUCUCUUCCAACAACGGUUAAAACCCACACAAAGACUAUUGGAAUCAUAUAUCCACCCCCCGAUAUCAGAAAUAUUGUAGAUAAAACCACACAAUUUGUGGUGAAGAAUGGGCCCGAGUUUGAGAAAAGAAUCAUUGCUAACAAUGAAGGCAAUGCUAAAUUUAACUUCUUACGUGCCUCUGAUCCCUACCAUGCUUACUAUCAGCACCGGUUAUCUGAGGCUCGGGCCCAAAAUCAAAUUUCUACUCAGCAGCAACCAUUGGAGCUUGCUGAUUCAUCAGCUCCUGAGUCUGCUGAUACUGCUCUGGCUGUUGAUGUCAGUGAUGCCUCUGCAAAGCUUGAUCCGUCGGCUCUAUUUAGACCCGUCCGAAAGGUUCUUGAGCCACCAGAAGCAGAGCAGUACACUGUUCGACUUCCUGAAGGGAUUACUGGGGAGGAACUGGAUAUAAUUAAGCUCACUGCUCAGUUUGUGGCUCGGAAUGGGAAGUCUUUUUUGACAGGUUUGACAAGUAGGGAGAUCAAUAAUCCUCAGUUCCAUUUUCUGAAGCCAACCCACAGCAUGUUCAUGUUCUUUACAUCACUUGCUGAUGCAUAUUCCAAAGUAUUGAUGCCUCCCAAAGGACUUACUGACAAGCUGAGAAAUAGUGUUGCUGAUAUGACGACCGUCCUGGAGCGCUGCUUGCAUCGGCUCGAAUGGGAACAGUCGCAAGAGCAAGCAAGGCAGAAAGCUGAAGACGAGAUUGAGCAGGAGCGGCUGCAGAUGGCCAUGAUUGAUUGGCAUGAUUUUGUUGUUGUUGAGACUAUAGACUUUGCAGAUGAUGAGGAUGAGGAUUUACCGCCUCCAAUGACACUCGAGGAAGUUAUAAGGAGGAGCAAGAUGUCGACUACGGAAGAAGAAGAGAUUGUUGAGCCUGGAAAGGAAGUAGAAAUGGAGAUGGACGAAGAAGAGGUCCAGCUUGUUGAGGAGGGUAUGAGGGCUGCUAGUCUCGAAGAGAAUGGUGAUAUGAAUAACAACGAAGCCAAGCCAACUCUCGAAGAACAGGAACCACCUAUGAGGAUUGUGAAGAAUUGGAAGAGGCCUGAGGAGAGAAUCCCUGCCGAAAGAGACCCAACUAAAUAUGGUGUCUCUCCAAUAACUGGUGAGCUGAUUCCCAUCAAUGAGAUGUCUGAACAUAUGAGGAUCUCUCUUAUCGAUCCUAAGUACAAGGAGCAAAAAGAAAGAAUGUUUGCCAAAAUUAGAGAGACGACUCUUGCAGCUGAUGAUGAAAUUUCCAGAAACAUCGUGGGACUUGCACGAACACGCCCUGAUAUUUUUGGUACUACUGAAGAAGAAGUUUCUAAUGCUGUAAAGGCAGAGAUUGAGAAGAAGAAAGAUGAACAACCGAAGCAGGUCAUAUGGGAUGGUCAUUCAGGAAGCAUUGGUCGCACAGCUAGCCAGGCCUUGUCCCAGAAUAUUGCUGGGGAGGACCAAAAUGAUCCUACAUAUAAUAAUGCUAUAAACCUUCCUGGUCCAGCACCUCCUCCUCCCAGACCUGGUAUGCCAUCAGUUAGGCCUCUUCCUCCGCCUCCUGGGCUUGUUUUGAAUAUCCCUAGACCUCCAACUACUGUCCAGUAUUCAACCACUUCAAAUUCUGGGGUAAUUGCACCGCCACCACCAAGGCUGCCAGUUGUCAACAUGAUUCCUUCUGUUCGGCCUCCACCUCCUCCAAUGUCAAUGAUGCACGGCCAACCUCUUAUGGUAAAUCGACCCCCAAUGCCUCCGUCAAUGCCCCUAAAUUCGCCUGGCGUCCCUGUUCCACCACCACCUGGAUCGCAGUUUACGCCUCUGGGUGGUCCCACACCUUUUGUUCCCCAUCCUAUGUCCCAACCUGGCAUGCACAUGGUUCCACCACCACCUAUGCCGCAAGGAAUGCCUCCGCCACCUCCCCCCGAGGAGGCGCCUCCACCACUUCCAGAAGAGCCAGAGCCCAAGAGGCAAAAGCUUGACGACUCUAUGCUUAUCCCUGAAGAGAAGUUCCUGGCCCAGCAUUCUGGUCCUGCUUGCGUCAAUAUAUCUGUGCCGAAUGUUGAUGAAGGGAAUCUCAAGGGACAAGUGCUGGAGAUUUCUGUGCAAUCCCUAUCUGAAAUUGUUGCUAGCCUAAAAGAGAAAAUUGCUGGUGAGAUCCAGCUUCCUGCAAAUAAACAGAAGCUGAGUGGAAAGGCUGGUUUUCUGAAGGACAACUUAUCACUUGCGUAUUACAAUGUUGCCCCUGGAGACUCCCUGUUGCUUUCUCUCAGGGAACGCGGUGGUAGAAAGAGAUAAACUGCAUGAUUGGCUAGCCCUUUAAAAGGUUCAUAUUGGAAACUGUUGUGUCACAAAGAGAAUUAAUAUUAUGAUCCUUAGGAAACUUUUGUUCCAUCCUUCCGUGCUGUCAUUUUAGAUAUUAUUUUGGUCCUGUACUUUUUAAAUGUUUUGGAACUUUAAACUGAUGAUAGUAUGGUGUCUACUACAGAUCCGGCAUCUUGGCGAUCAUCUCUUGAGGGUAAUGUGAAGUUGACUGGUUUUAUGCUAAUGAACAUCUUGUGUUUGAUAUUUGUUAUACUAAUUUAUGUUUUCUGCUUGUGCAGUUUCUCCUCUAACUUGUGCUAAAUAGUUGUCACUUCCGUGAUUCAUGAAGUGUGGGACUGUAUUUUUUUAUUGAUGUUAUCCCCCCGAUUCUGACUUACCUUUUUUUGUGAGUUCUGUUAUAGGAAAGGAAGAACCGGAGGUUCUCCUCCUGUGGGAAUAUAGAUUUUGUUUUCUUGAUGAUUUACUCGUGGUUGAAUUGCCAGCUAAUUCUUUAGAUUGUGUCGUAGACAUAAAUUUUCAUAUAACUUGUUUCUUUUAUGUGGGGCACAAGGCCUCUCUAAUUUCAUUUUUCUGAAAUUUAUAUAAAGUGAUUGAGGUUGCCUCUGAUACCUUUAAUUUCUCGCUACAGAAAGUCUGAUCUAUACAUUUUUUGUGUUGCAAGUUCCCGCUCUUGCUCAGUUGAAUCAGGUACUCGAUGAUGAAGCUGAUGCAGCAAAUCGGGCACAAGUAACUUACAGAAAUGUCCUCAAUUUGAAUAAAGAAGAAUCAUAGAAUCUUUUCUUACCACUCCAUCCCAUUCCAGAAAUGUCCACUUGGAAUUAAGUGUGAAUGAAGCCAUAAUCAUUCUAUUUGUCUUGUUUGUAUAACUGCUGUUUUGGUGCACUGAACGUUGCACAAUAAUAGUAUGUUUGCAAUUUCACUGGUAGAUCAUGGGGCGAUCAAUUUCGAUAAAUUUAAAUUU